AGAUCCCAGCUCCUGACCUGUCGGCCUCGCCUGUCUCUUGAUGAGGCGAUGCCGGGGCUGCGAGCUGAGGAGACUUGUCUACGGACGGGGGUUAUGAGUGGAUCUCCGCAGUCCUCUAUUUUGGCUGCCCGAGCACCACUUCUGCCCACCGCUCCUUCUCAGCCCUGUUGUGACCACACUCGACGGAGGGUACCGACUCUGUCAUUCGGUGUCACUACUGUGGCAAAGCUCGCCAUACUGAGGAGGUUUGUCGCAAGAAGCAGCGCGACAAGAAGGCUCGUCGUGGUGACUCCAGUAGCUCCAAUGCUACUCAAUUUCUGCUUUGGAGCAGGAGGUCCUCACACUGUUCCGGCGUCUCAAUGCUGUUACUCCCUCUGGCACUACUGCUCAGGCCUCCAGUCCAUCACCACCACCCCCUCCCUCAGGAUCUCCGUACGGGGCUUCUGGUGGGGACUGGGCCUAGGUGUCAUGACUCUCAACGCCUAUGGGAGCUUGACUGGCUACGACUUCCUUCGACCACUCUAGCCAGUCACUCAUCCAGCUCUCCUGCUUCUGCAUCCGCUGCCUCCACUGCCACUACUUUUGCUUAGUGGCAUCGUCGUCUUGGACAUCUCUCCGGUUCAAGGCUAUCCACCCUUGUUGGUAACGGUGUUUUAGGUCCUGUUUCUGGUAAUGUUUCUGGUGAUGCUACUCUUCAUUGUACGGGUGUUGUAAGCUUGGCAAACAGCUACAACUCCCCUAUCCUUCUAGUGACUUUAUCUCGCAGCGUCCCUUUGAUCUCAUUCACUCUGAUGUGUGGGGUCGUGCACCUUUUGCCUCGAAAUGGGGGGGGUCAUUCCUACUAUGUCAUAUUUAUUGAUGAUUAUUCGAGAUUUACCUGGAUCUAUCUUAUGUCAUCUUGUGGUCAAUUUCUGUCCAUCUAUCGACAGUUUGCCACUAUGAUUUGCACGCAGUUUGAUUCUCCCAUUUGUGCUUUUCGAGCAGAUUCCGCUGGCGAUUACAUUUCUUACGUGCAUCGGCGUUUUCUUGCUGAUCAGGGUACCUCAGUUCUCCUAUCCUGGUGCUCAUGCUCAAAAUGGUAUUGCCGAGCGUAAGCAUCAUCACAUUCUGGAGACUUCUCGCCCUCUACUCCUCUCUUCGGAGCUUCCACCUCACUUUUGGGCCGAGGCUAUCUCUACAGCUGUCUUCCUCAUUA